AUGUUGAGGGAACAGAUAAUGCCAGUACCGGUUGGAGCAUAUCAAACUGGACCCUCGUGUUGGGACAGGAUAAAAAUGGGUUUCACCAUUGGGUUUUGCGUGGGAAUGGCAUCGGGUGCUUUGUUUGGGGGAUUUUCUGCUCUCAGGUAUGGUCUGCGGGGACGUGAACUGGUAAAUAGUGUGGGAAAAAUGAUGAUUCAAGGUGGUGGAACUUUUGGUACAUUUAUGGCAAUAGGAACUGGGAUCAGAUGUUAGUACCACCUGUGAAGUACAAAAGACUGUAUAGUUGUAGCCCAAGACAUUACUACUGCAAGUCUACACCAUAAAUGUUUAUGAAUAUUAGUUUGCAUGUAUGUAUAAAAUAUUGCCAAAUAAAUUACUAUGUCUCACGUUACAAUAUUUAUGAUUUUGUGUGCAUCCAUAAUCUCUACUUGGGGUGAAGUUACAGUAUCUUAAACAUUCUAAAAACACAUCCAUUCCUAAAAGUGUAAAUUCUUUUAAUUUUAUUUAACACUAAUUUGCUACUAUUUAGCACAACCUUUUUAGUUUUUUAGAAAUUAAAAAUAAGAUUUCCAACAAGAGUGAAGUAUCAUUACUGUCAAAAAAUUGUGUUGCUUUAUUGUAUGAAGAAUCAUAUACUGCAUAAUUUAGAACUAAGAAAAGGAAGAAAGACUUUAUUUCACAAUAAAGAGGUAAAUU